UCAGGGUGAACACGAGGGGGGCCUUCCUCUGCUGCAAGGAGGCAGCGAAUCGGCUGAAGCGGGGCGGUGGUGGGAGGAUUAUAUGCUUGUCUUCGUCGCAGGUAGGGUCGCUGAGGCAGGGUUUUGGGGCUUAUGCAGCGUCCAAGGCAGCAGUGGAAGCGAUGGUGAAGGUAAUGGCAAAGGAGCUGAAAGGGACGGGAAUCACCGCUAACUGCGUGGCUCCAGGGCCGAUUGCUACUGAGAUGUUUUUCGAUGGGAAGACGGAGGAGAUGGUGAGGAAGGUGGUGGAGGAGUGCCCUUUGAGUCGACUCGGUGAGACCCACGAUGUGGCUCCUGUUGUUGGGUUCUUGGUUAGCGACGCUGGUGAGUGGGUUAAUGGCCAGGUCGUUCGUGUCAAUGGUGGCUACGUCUGAUUCUCAUUCUCAUUCUCAUUCUAAUUAGUAGCUUAUUUGCUAAGUUAUAUUACCCAAGAAAGAGUGAGGCAUUGAGUGUGAGUUAUUGAGUGAGUUGAUUGUAUUAAAAUUCUGACUCCGACACUAUGCUGUAUGAGAAUAUCAAUUUGUGUGUCUAGAGGUGGAUGUGGAGCAUUGAAUUCUAGACAAAGCUAGUAUAACCUUUUAUUUCAGCACGUAUUAUGUUUUUGCGAUUCUCUUUAAAGCAUUUGGCUGCAUUACUUGUAAUUAGAACAGGAUUGGAUCUUGAUUUCACCAUAUAUCACCAUUUUAAAUUUUUUUGA